AUGUCUGAGCGUGCUGGGUUAACAAAUAAGGGGAAAGAUGGCAAGACCAAGUACUCAUCGCUUAAUCUCUAUGAUACUUACAAGGGAGAUACAAGUAAACCUCAACGAACUACAGUAAGUCAUGGCCGUGGAUUGCAAAGCUUGGGAAAAGUGGGGACCUCACGCCGAGUACCACCACCAGCUGUCCUACCUAGUUUAAGAAGUGAAAGUGGAGGAAACGACCCUAACAUCAGCUUAGUGCCAGAAGGUGGCUCAGGAUGGAAAUCAAAAGACCAAAGAGAUACAAGAAUGCCAGCACCUAACAGAGGAGCUGGUCCCUCAAGACGCGAUGAUGCUCAGAGACCAGCUAUUAUAAGUGAGAAAACUCUACUGCAGUUAGAUGAUCUAGAAAAUGAUCUUGAUGAUUCAGGAUGGGCAGGUGCCCCACAAGAGGUAGACUAUGGCGAGAAACUGGUAUUUAGUGAUGAUGAAAGCCAGGUUACCCCAAAGUCAAAGAAUGAUAGGAAGAAUGAUGCGGAUACGUCAAACAGAAAUGAAGAAGAUUCAAGGUCAACCCAUGAGAGGCCUCCAUUGAAGACUAAUAGGGAGAGAGAUGAAAGAACUCAAUCUUCAAGACAGGCAUGGUCACAGCCGAAGGAAAGUACAAAUGCACCAAAACAGUCCCUGCCACCUACAGUGAACCAACCUCAACAAGCUACUAGACCACCAUUGUUAAACCAUCCAACCAGACAACCUACUCCAAUGGGACAACAGAGGUGGCAUUCACAAGGAAUGGCAACACCCAAUUAUGAACCAAGACCUUCAUCAGGUCAUUUUCAACAGCCACCUAACCGUUUUGUGCAUCCUCAUGGAGGCGGUGGGCAUCCCGGUAUGCCAAAUGCACUGCACAGUGGGCAUCCUCAACAGGUUGCCUCUGCUGGUGGGCAUAGCUUAGGGAUGCCCAGUAGCGGACAUCUUGGUCAUCUUGCUUCUUCAAGUCAAGCUCAUCAACCACCACCACUACCACAACCCACAGCAUCAACUGCCAUCCCUGGUGCCCCGCAAGCUAAACCACAAACGGUGCAUCUUCCUCCUCAGAUCCAAGCAUUAGAUGAAGAAGACGUGACAUGGCACCAACAAAGACACAAACAAUCUGAAAAAAUGACAAGUGCAAUUGAAAGAGCAAGGCAACGCAGAGAAGAUGAUUCAAAGUCUGAGGAAGAGCGAAAAGCUGCAGCACAAGAAAAAUUACGAUUGCUAGAAGAAAAAAUUGCACGUAGAAAAGGAGAUCCAGCUGCAAAAACAUCCAGUGAUGAAGAUACUAGUGGGAAAGCUGUUGAUACAGUAAAACGACAAAGAACUGAAAGUGAGGGCAGUGAGGGUUCAAGGCAAGGCAACAGAAGCGCUAGUGGAUACACAUCUGGAGGGUACGGUUCAAGGUCCACCGCUAAAAACUUACCACCACGGUUUCAAAAGCAGGAAAUGAUGCGACAACAGGAACAGCAAUUACAGGGCCCAUCAAGUCGAGGCAUUAAGCAACCAAUUUUACACGCACAAGGUGAACAGCGUCCACAGUGGACAGGACAAACAGGACCACCACCUGUUCCAGCAUUUGUUGGAGAUCCGAGAGUGUUACAAGGACCCCCUGAUCGAUCAUUUAACACUAGGAGACGGCAAGAUAGCCAGGGCUCUGAUAGGCAAGCUAGAGAUGAUGACGAUUUACAACCACCUUACCACCAGCGGAGGAUAUCUAGCGAUAGAGACUCUCCAGAUGAAAGCAAAAGACCAAUAAGGAAUGUGAAGGAUACAUUAGAAAGAAGCAAAAAUGCUUUUCCACAAAGUAACAGAAUUGAUGAUGUUAUGGUUAAGCAAAGUGAAUAUGUGAUGGAUAGAAUGUCAUCAAGAAGUGAGAACCGUAGAGAACAUUGGAAACCUGAAAAUGAUACAAUUAAAAAAACAGAACACUAUACUGAUAUUGAAAAGAAUGAGAAAACAUUGACUAACAUUAUAGAUGAUGGACAAAAUGACACAAAACAAAGUAGCCAAUCAACUAAACCAUCCAAUGACCAAAUAUAUAACCAAGUGGAUGUAGCAAGGCCUAGUUAUGACAAACAAGAGGAAGGUAAGCAUACCUUUUCUAAAAAGGGUGGAAGGUAUACCAAUCAAAGAGAUGAUACCAGAUAUGCCAGCCAGAAAGAUCAGAGGCGGUAUGUGGAUCAGAAAGAAAACACCAAAUACAACUCCCAAAAGGAUUCUAGUAAAUACUCAAAUCAAAAAGAAGCCAAAAGGAAUGAUCAAAAAGAUGGCGGAAGACAAGCAGAAGGAAAAUAUACCAGACGGUAUUCAAAUUCAAGAGAAGGUGGUAGAAAUUCAGAUCAGAAAGCGGCAUCCUCAAGUAGAUAUUCCGAAUCAAGCCAACAUGGAUCCUCUGUUGAAACCAAAUUUACAGAGAAACCAAGGAAGCUUGAAGAGGUAGAAGCUGUUAAUAAGAUAAAAAGUAACGAGCUUAAAAGCUCUGAAUCAUUACCCCCAGAUCAAGUGGAUGCCCUUCCUGUAUUCCAUGAGAAAUCAAGAUUGAAAGGAAAUGAAAAAAUAGAAAUUGAUGGUACAUUUGAUGGUCAGAAUGGGGACAGAACAAAGAAGAGAGAUAAUCCUCAGAGAAGGAAGCCCAAAGAGCUUGUUGAUAUUUCCAAGAAAAAAGAAAAGUCAAAUGAAACAAAAGGUGUAUCAUUUACACCUGUGCUAAAGUCAUUCACUGUGAAUAAAGAGAAAAAUGAACUUCCUGAGAAAAAAAUUAGCAAUUCAGGGCCAACCUCUGCUUGGACUAAACCUCUAGUUGCAGCUGCACCUUCGGGAGAUCAAGUUAAUUCUACCAUUAAAAAUUCAGUUGAAGAAAGUCAAUUGAGUACUAAAGUUGAACCUAAACAAGACCAGAAAGCAUUACUUGACACACCUGAACAAUUGGAUUCAAGGGCCAGUUAUAAAGAUUUUGAUGAGUAUAAAGGUAGAUCCCAUAGAGAUAGAGGUCACAAAAGGGAAAGAGAUGAGAAAAGAAAAGAAAGUUACAGGGGAGAUGAUAGGAAAAUGUAUGAUAGACGCGUCAAACGAGAUUACUAUCCCACAAGAGGCCGUGGGAGGGAACUGUCAACCAGGGGAAGGGGACGUUUUGACCAAAGUAAUAAAGGUCACGGAAGAACCUUUGCUCCAACUCAGAAAGGUCGUGGCAGGGGAGAUAGAGGAAAGAGAUCAAAUAGAGAUGGUAGUCAUUUCUCUAGCAAUGUUGGAUCGAAGAAGGUAGAUGAAAGUGCACAGGAGAUGUAUUCAGAAGUGCAGACACAAAAAAAUAAUGGAAAAGAGGUAAGAAAUGAAGCAACUGCACAAGAACACUUGACGGAUUCAGAUGUCAACAAGAGGAUGGAGCCGAACCAUAAACAAAGUAACAUUGAUGAUGAUGACCAUCACCUUAAGCCUGAUGAAGAUGCAGAAGAAAAGUUUAGGGAGCGAAGAGAUGGUAGACAGCAGGACAGUAGGAGAAACGAAGGCCGACGAUAUGAUGAUUCUAGGGGAUCAAGAAGGAUGGAUGGCUCUUCUAGAAGAGGACGUGGUGGAUUUUCAAGAGGAAGAGGUAGAGCAGGUAGAUUUACUGGUAAUUCUGCUAGACUAUAUUCAAGUGAAAGACAUGUGCAUGAUGAUGAAUCUCAAUAUAGUAAAAAAUCAGAUAAUGUAUUUAAAGAAGAUGAUGAUAAAAAAGUCUAUCAUAGUAGAAGACCUGACCGAAGGUCAUUAUCAAAAGAUGAUGAUGAGCAAAGAAAGAGCUCAAGAUAUGAUAGACGCAGUACAGAUCACAGACGAAGACAGAAACCCGAAAGACCACCACGCUUCCAAAAAAAUGCGAGCAAAGCUCGCAGCAAGGAUAUUGAAACUUUUUCAAAUCCAGUUACUAAAGAUGUUGAACCAGUUGCCAGUUACGGAGAAGUCUCGAGUGAAAGCGUUGUCAAGCCCACUCUCUCACAUCAAAACUCUUCUGAUCAAAAUAAUGAAGACUGGGAGACUGCCUCAGAAAGUAGCGAAUUUAGUGAAAAAAUUAAUAAGAAAGAAAAAGAAAAUCAGGAAGUAGUGGUCAAUGUAUGUUUAGAUGAUAAGGUCGAGCCAAUUGAACCAAAAGAGUCUUUGCCAAUUAAGAAGAGCUUCUCAAAUCAACGACCUGGAAAUGAAAAGUCUGCUCGUCGUGUCAAUACAGAUUUCAGAGUGGAUAACAGAAGCAGCCAUCGCAGAGACCAAAGAGUAUCGAGGGGUGGUGGACAUAGUAACAGAGGUGGUGAACCAAGACGGGGGGGAUCAGGUUUCCCCAAAUCUACAAACAAGCGUAAUGGAGUUAAGCCAACAAGUAGUAAUCAUAAUUCAGAGAAUAGUGUUGUCAGGCAGCAGAAUUUGUUGUACAGAGUUGAUGACAUCGCACUCAACAGCCCACAAGAAGUAACAAAUGCCUUAGCAGAUGCAACAACAAAGUUAAGUGGAGCUGGAGUGAAGAAAGUGCACGAUUCAAAACCCAAGACAGUCACAGAAAAAAAGAGGGAUGUUUUAGCAGAUUAUGACCUCAAUAAUUAUGCUGGUGUUGUGAUUAUUGACAAUAAUCCUGAAGUGAUUGUAGAAGAUCCCAAUGACCUCAUGACACCAGAUGAAGGAUUUCAGGAAGUGAUGUCAAAGCAGUCGCGCAAGAAGAAAGCCCAGCAAGAGGAGGAGCGAAAGAAGCAAGAAACCAGUUUUGCUGAGAUCAAGAAACCAAAACUUGGAACUAAUAUGAAGAUGCGACAUGUACAAGGAAAGGCAUCAAAAUCUUCACCUAGCAAAGAGAUGAGUGGCAAGGCAGGGAUAAGCAAAUCAAAUGUAAAAACUUCAAAUCUAGACUCAGUACAGGCCACUAGCAGUUCCCCUAUUUCAGGCAUUGCAUUUCAAGGGUCAGCAUCUCUAACAGCCAAAGCAACACAAGUUAAUGCCUGGAGUAAACCAUUAGCUGUGACGCUAACUCCUGGGAUGACCCCUGCGAUGAGGGCUUCAGCUGCUGCAGAGGUCAUUGUUAAAAGUGAAACGGAGCAGCAUGAUAGUGGCAUUGAACUGAACAGUGAUCACCAGGCAUCUGCACCGUCGUCACAAACAAGUUCACCCACCGGUGAUGUCAAAGGAGAUUCAACAUCUACUGAUCUCCUGGAACAUGUCAAUGAUAAGAUAAGACAACAGAAAUCAAAGGAAACCGGCAUAGGUGUCACUAGUAAAGCUAAUAAUUACAAUGUGGAUGGUAUAAAAUCAGCAGCACCCUUGCAGGAUCUGGUCAAGUUCUCUGCAUCAUAUGACCCUAAACUCUCGUCAGAGAAUCAAGACAAUAUUGAUGCGUCUAAUAUUUUUUCAUCUGAACAGCAAUUAGGAGUGAAAUUCCAGGAAGAAACUCGAGUUGAACCUUCAAGCAGAAACCAAUUGAAUCAAUUGGACCACUUUGACGAACAUGUACGGACGACACAGAGUCAUCAUGCUGCUUCAAGGAGUAUAGUGCAGUCCCAUGAUAAUUCAAAAAAUCGGAUUGUUGGGCAACAUGCAUCGGUCAAUACAUCACAAAGCCAAGUUGGCCAACAGCAGGCAACUGCUCUGCAAGCAACAGAGAUGCCUCAUUCCAUUUCAUUAUCACAAGCUCAAGUACAAAGUGGAGUCAGUUUAGCAAGGGAGCCAAUUGAGAUGCCUAAAAGUUCUGAAGACAGUGAUGUCCGCAGAUCAAAUUCAGAUGCUACGAUGAAGCACAAAGAAACUUGCGAUAACAAACCUUUGCAAAUGCCUCACACAAUGCAAAGGGAACAGCUCCAAAUAAAUGCACAGUCGCCAAAUUCUCCUGCAACUGAAGAACUAACAAAGAGUAUAAAGUCAACCAAAAAGUUAUGGGAGUCACGGCAAAGUUUGACAGAGCGAGCUCUAUCACCCGGCAGUAGCAGUAUAACAACCCAAACUCAAGCUGUGUCUGCAACACCAACUGUCCAAAUUUCAAGCUCACCAGAUUUCACAGAAUUUCAAAGGCGGCAGCAUGUUAGUGAAGGAAUCAGCCUGGGAGCCCAAUCACAAUCAGGUGUUACAUUUGGAAGUUUUGGUAGUGAUGGUGAGCUCGGAGACACGUCAGACAUCACCAGUCAUGAGAUAAACACGUCCAGUGUAGCGGCAUCAUCAAGUGAAAACUUUGUUUCAUUUAACGGACAAACUCUUACUGGGCAGCAUCAGUCUGGCAAUUCUUAUAUGGUUCCAGCUGGGUAUAAUCCCGUUCUUGGUGCCUUCUCCACUGCUGCAAACAACAUAACAUUUCCCUCUGUGGUUCUCACUACCACAAUGGAGACAAAACCAAUUAGUGGCAGUAUUCCAAAGGGUCCAACUGUUGGAUUUAAUCCAUCAAUGAUUAUCUCAAACUCCGCACAGCACACGCAGUUUGGAUCGGUUAUAAGACCCAGCAAUCCAUCACCAAGUGUGCUGGCACAAGGGCACGGAAAUCAAGUAGCUGCAUUCCAGAGAAGCGAUACAGGGCGAAUGAUGGGCUCCGGUGUAGCACUUACAGGUCCAUCCCUUGCAUCGGUUAUCCAGCAUCAGCCAUCUAGCAAUUAUCAAUAUGGAGUUGGGCAGACCCAUCAUGCUAUUGCACCAUCACCACCUGCCCAACAGUCGUUUGCUUCAGUUGGAUUCAUUACGAACCAACAGCAGCAGCAGCAACAAAAUCCUUUACAACAAGCAAAUCUUGGGAUUUUAUCUCAAGGUCUGCCAUCAUCAUCAUCUCUGCCCAACCAAACCUUCCUUGGAUUCAGCUCUCUUGGAUUUUCACAAGGUAUUGACAAUGCAAGCAAUGCAUCAUUAAUUGGCAAGCCCUCCCAACCUGGUCCAUCCAGUUUGACUGCCGUUACCAAGACUGUGUCUAGCCUCCAAUUCAACAAUGUUGCAAAUGUGAAUAUGCAGCCUACGCACUUGUAUGCUCAGAGGCCAACUACUCCAGUUGCAAGCCAGCAGAAUUUAAUUGGAUCGACCCUCGUACCAGCAAUACAGCGCAACAUCCAACAGGCGCAACAACCAUCAUCCUUCUUUGCUACAAACAACCCGGUCGGUUCUCUGCAAGCAUCCAACACCUAUUUCAGUUCGCUACAAGCACCGCAGGCUAAUUCACUUCAACAGCCAACAGUGCAACAAAUGCCGCUGCAGCUAACGCCUACAAACCAGUUCCAAUAUCAUUCACAGGCACAAGCUAACAUGCAUCAAUCUUCUUCAAAUAUGCCUUCUGUCCAAUCGACAACAGUGUUUGGUAAUUUGGCACCAGCACAAAAUAGUUUCUCAAGAGCAAUGGGCCAGCUGCCUGUUACUUCUGCUGCAUCUAACACAUUUUCCACUCCAGUGGACAAGAAAAUGGAAUUCUUAGCAAACCCUUCGAUGAUCACACCGCACACUUCUGAACGUAAUCUGUCACAGCGUUUCAGUGAUCGACCAGGAAUGCCAGGUAGGAUGAUCGUUGAACGGAACAGAAGCAACGUAGCUAUCAGCGACUUGCAGCAACAUGUCGAUGCUAAACCAUUCAAUCCGGUGAAGAGAAAUGAGUUGCCUUUCCAGCACAACAUGGUCUGUCCUCCCUCCAACAGGAUACCAAUGAAGUCGUCAUUCAGCAAUGUACCGUCUUCAACUUUUAUGCCCACUAACAUCAACAGUGACAGCGCUCUACAGCAGAUACACCAACCAGAUAUGCCUAUGAGAUACAUUUCCACAGCAACAACUAAUGCUGCUUUCCAAAAAAGUGCUCAAAACAAAAACAUAUUUCCUAUGGCUAGCAAUCCAAAUACAACAGUGAUGACGUCGUCACCACAGACUACCAUAGCAUCGUUGGCGCCAAAGCAGCAGCAUACAUCUAAUCUCUCACAACCUGUCCAACUUGUAGUUCAGCAUCCUAAUGCUAGAAAUCCUACAAAAGAUGGACAUCAACCUAGAGGGAUUAGUGCUCCUGCAGUACCUCGUUUUCCCAAUCCGGUGAUCUCCCAUAGAGCACCAGCUUUUGGUUCAUCCGUUGGAGGAACAGUGUUUCCUGUUCCAAACCCAGGAAAUAUGAAUGCAUUUCAUCAGUCUGUCGGUCAGCAAGCAGCACAGGCUCAUAAUAAUGCAAUGACAAGGCAAACCAACCCAGGAAGUGGAUCUAUCGCUGGCCAAUUAUUAAACCAAAAUAGAAAAGUUAACUGUAAAAUGAGUGGUAAUUAUUCAGCACGGCCAACUGCAUCCAAACCAUAUGAAAAAUUGACCCCUGAUGCAUUGAAAGCGAAGCAAGACAAAGAGAAAGCAGCUCUGCUGGCCUCAACAAGGGCAUUCUUUCAUGAUAUGAACCAGCAGAAGUCAUCAGCACCUAGUAAAGAUGCUGUAGAUUCAAAAGGUUCCCAACCAAAAAGCAGUUAAAUUCUGCUGUUUCUUCUUUUAUGAUUCAAUAUAGGAGAAGCGGUCUUAUUUAUUGACAGUGGUGUCAUAUCACAACUGAAGAAUGAUUAAUAUAGUUACUUUGUACAUAAGUGAAAUGAAUCUAAUGUUAUCUUGCAACUUUUGAAACGUAUAAUGACACAAUAUGUUAGUUUGUGUUGCUUGAAGUUCUAGUUUGAUUGUCUUUGACAGCUUUUUUUAAGAUGGAAUAUUUGAUACCAAUGAUAUUUGCUGUAAGAUUUGCUUUAAAAGUUGUCAAUAAAUUUCAUCUUUGCAAAUAUUCCAUCAGUGUGUAAAAGUAGAAACAGACAGUUUAAAAAAUAAACUUGAUUAUUUCAACAAAGUUGUGUUGAUUUAUAAUUAUUAGCUUGAUAACAUGUGUACUAAACAUGCUAUUCUCAUGUUUUCGCCCCAUUUGUUUAUUAAGUGUUUCCUGUUAUUUGCCAGCAGUUUAUAAUGUUUUCUUUUAUUUUAAAAAGUAAUAUAGUCAUUUAGGUUUUAGUUUUGUAGAUGUAUGUUUUGUGCUUAAGAAGGCAUAUUUGAGUGUAUGGUGUUUUUUUUGUGGGCUCUCUUGUAAAUGCAAUAUAUAUAAUAUAUAUAUAUUGUAUAUUGAAAAUAAAUUUCACUAUUCUUUGUUAUUGGAUAUAGAUACACAGAGAUAUAAAACAAUUAUCUGUGUAAUGAUAGCAUUGUUAACUGAUUCACCAUGUUGAAGCGAGCCAGUUAUCAUCUUGCUUGCUAUCAACUUGAUAUUUAGCUGGCUAGAAAAAACUUUGUAAUAUUGUAAAGGUGUUGUAGACUUAAAAUUCACAAUUCUAUGUCUGGUAUUGUAAUAAUAAUGUAAAGAAAAUAAUGACAAAUUAAUUAGAUGUUGAAGGUGUGAGAGAAACGUAGCAUUGUUACCGGGUGAAAAGAAUGUCGGUGACCGUUUGGGUAGAGGAAUCUUGACUUAACUUUUCAGGCCAUUCAGUCAGCUAGUUUCAUCCAUAGACUAGUCAUUAAGGAAGCAGUGGGUUUUAGAUUGCAUGUUUUUUGUGACUGAUUGUAGCUACAUAUUUUUUUUUUGUCUUGUUUACCUGAUGCAGAGGGAUGGUGGAAUGUACUGGUAUUACAGUGCUAUUCUUCUCUAUGAGGACAUUGUGUGUAAACUACUCGAGGCUGUAGCUUGAGUGUAGCAGCAGCAGUAUACUAUGUCAUUCUAGGAGCUGCAUUCCAAAGGACAUUAAAAGUACCUUUGAACGUUUA